GCGAGGUUCUUAAAGUACAUUCCUGAGGGCGUCACUUGACCAAUCAUCUCGCGCGUGUAUCGUUCCAUCUAAUGGGAUCACUGAAUUUGGACAUAGGCCGUUUAUAUCCGGUUUUAUCCGUAGUUAAACAGAGCACUCAAGUCAAGAUUUGCUGUCAUUUCCCUUGAGAUUACAAACCAGUUGUGUUUGAUUUCGCUGGCGCGUGUUUCAAGAAUGAGGUUUACGACCAAAGUGUCGUCUACGCAGGAGACAAGAGUUGCUGAAUCGGCGACAUCCGAUCAGACUUUAACAUUCUCCGUUAAGAAAUCGGAGGUCUCUAAUGGCGCGACUAUCACAGAUUCGGAGAGCGAGGGAGCUGUCGGCGGAGUACCGCUCAAAAAAUCAAGUACACUCAACGUAAACCGCGAACAAAUUGAAGAUUUCACCCGCGUCCGCGACAAAAUAUUCCCUGUGAUCAAAGCGCGCUCUUGGAUAGACGCCACGAAGGAUUUACUCGUCAGAAUAGAUCCCAAGAACAAAGCGGGUGUCUUGUUCACGCCACUGAAGAAUAUUCCUGGUGCAAAACUUGGUUACACGCUAGCGAUCGUCGACGACAGUCAAAGCACCGAUUCACUUAAAUAUAUCUCGACGAGCCAUUUAGAAGCGUGGAUCACCUCGGAGAGUGUUCUUCAAGAGGUGGCGCUAAAAAAUCUAGAACAAAAGCUGGACGAUCGGGGAGAACAUCUCUGGGCUCAGAGUAAGGCAGGUAUUCACUACAUUGAUAAUUUGGGAGCGAUAUCAGCAUCUGUUGUCUUACUCCCGCGUUUCAUAGCACGUUUGGAUGUGGAGAUUGGCGACGCUGUCAUUGUGGUGCCUUCGAGUGAUCUCUGCAUGGUUGUGGGAUCUAAAAUGGAGACGCGGCUCUGCAUCGUAGGAGAAAUGUCCCUUCGAUAUUCCAGUGAUCCGCAUCAUUUGAACGCGAUCCUUCGUUUGAACAAGUCAAGAAUGGUAAUUGCAAUAUACACACCGAAAUCUUACGCCGGAGAAUUUCCCGUCCCCUCGACUCUCGAAGAAGUCGCUGGCCUAAAAUUAAGGGUACCUCUGAUUAAAAGAAAAAAAUAAUUCGUAGAAAUGCAUCUUAAUUGAGAUUUCCACUUUAUUUGGUAAUAAACACUGCUAGAAAUAACAAAGGCCACACAAUGGGCAUUGUGUAAACACUUGAAGCCAGCCCCUACUUCGUAUCGUAUCACGCUCUGUGUAUACGUUGCUUAACUAAACUUAAGUAUUAUGAACCAGGUUUAAAUUGGCUGAUAAAGUAGAGAACAUUCUGUCUGCUGAGAAAUUUUUGAAAUUUUAACGGCAAACCGAUGACCUUAACUUUUUUUAAAUUGAAUAAGACACAAAUCACUUGCAAACAUCUUGUCAAUUUACUUAAUAUGCUAAAUCUGAAAAUAGCGUCAGCGACCUGCUGGGUCCGAAGGGAUUUGAAAGGUGUACAAAGGAAUUAUUAUUUUGUCUUGUUCACAGUGUCUCUACCAAUUUUAAUGGUUCUGAUUCCUUAUACAGUGCGGCUUGAAACAUGACAAUAAUUAAGAUUAAACUAGACAUUUUGCUUCAACUUUUUCCUGAGGCUUAGUCGACAUCCUUUCCUAAAAUAUGAAAGCUCUUGUAAUCCUUCCUUGUGACUGUAACUAAGACUGUUCGCAGGGAUUGCGUCACCGAGACAGUCAUGUAACGCAACCUCGCUGUUAGGGGUUUCUCCGUUAGCUUUCAAGAUGGCGGCUGAUCACGUGAGAAAAUGUUUGAGAAACCUCGACGAUCUCGACGGGGGAGGUUGUGCAAUUUAUUUGCUCGAGCACCGUGUAAUACUGAGUAGGCGCCUUUGCAGUCUGAGGGAGGGGUUGGCGAUAAAAAAACAGUUACGGGAGGGUGGAUAUUCGGUAGAUUUCAGGAAGAGUAAUUUAAAGAGAGAGAUGCAGCAGAGUUUCUUUCUGUGACAAUAAGCACUUAAUUACCAACAAUGUCUUGCAUGCCACGACCAUUCUCAAAAAGCAAUGAAUACAGAAGCUCUCCUUCUUAAUUCUGCGCAGGAUACAAAUCAUUUCAGUGGCCCCUUUAAACUAGCAGUUUCGUCCUCGAGAUCGUAACCGUGACAAGAAAAAGUUGUAGUCUGUUCAUCGCCCACUAUGUUGUAUCUUAAGGACCAUCCACAACACACACAAAGCUGCGACACUGUCCUUUUAAAACCAAAGAUAAUUCAAUACUGGUAAAUCAGUUCAAUUAAACACAAGGAGUAAACUUUCUAUCCUA